AUGUCGGUUUUAUUGAUCAGCCUUCUUGCGGCAAGUACUGUUUCCGCAUGGUCGCCGACCAAUGGCUAUACACCUGGCAAUGUGAGCUGUGCUAGUGACAUCAACUUAGUUCGGGAAGCUUCCGGGCUUUCUCCAAACGAAACGGAUUGGCUUAAGAAAAGAGAUGUUAUUACAAAGGAUGCUUUGAAGAACUUUCUUGAUAGAGCUACUACUAACUUUACUAAUUCCUCAAUUGUUAGCGACUUGUGGUCAGCUGGCAACAUCCCCAAGGUCGGUGUGGCUUGCUCAGGUGGUGGCUAUAGAGCUAUGUUGAGCGGUGCCGGUAUGCUGGCAGCCAUGGACAAUAGGACAGAUGGUGCCAAUGACCACGGUUUGGGUGGACUGUUGCAAAGUGCGACCUAUUUGGCGGGUCUCUCGGGAGGUAACUGGCUUGUAGGUUCUCUUGCCUGGAACAAUUGGACUUCUGUUCAAGAUAUUAUUAAUAGCGCUGGUGAUGAUGACGAAUUGUGGGAUAUUAGCGAUUCUAUCAUUAACCCUGGAGGUAUCAACAUCUUAAAAAGUAUCUCUCGGUGGGACGACAUCUCUGAUGCUGUUGAGGGAAAGAAAGAUGCUGGUUUUAAUACUUCCUUAGCUGAUGUGUGGGGCCGUGCUUUAUCCUACAACUUUUUUCCCACUCUUGAUGAAGGUGGUGUGGGAUACACUUGGUCUACCUUGAGGAACGCAGAUGUAUUUAAGAAUGCCGAGAUGCCAUUUCCGAUCACGGUUGCCGAUGGAAGAUAUCCAGGAAGCACAGUGAUCAACCUGAACGCGACUUUGUUCGAAUUCAACCCUUUUGAGAUGGGUUCGUGGGAUUAUUCUCUAAGAGCUUUCACUGACGUUGAAUAUUUGGGCACAAAUGUUACGAAUGGAACUCCAACAACCAGCGGCCAAUGCAUUGCUGGCUACGACAACACUGGAUUUUUAAUUGCUACUUCUUCUACCUUGUUCAACCAAUUCCUUUUGCAACUUAACAGCAGUGGUUUAUCCUCUUUCCUGCAAGAUAUGUUGAAAGGUUUCCUCACUGAUCUUUCUGAGGAUAGUGAUGACAUUGCUCUUUAUCAACCCAACCCCUUCUACGGCACAACUUUUGUUGAAAGCAAUUAUACUCAGAGUAUUGUAGAAUCUGAGAUUCUUUACUUAGUUGACGGUGGUGAGGACGGUGAGAACAUUCCAUUAGUGCCUCUUUUGCAACAAGACCGUGAUGUUGAUGUAAUCUUCGCUCUUGACAACAGUGCUGAUACUGACGAAUACUGGCCGGCAGGUUUGUCCUUAGUUGCAACUUAUGAACGUCAAUAUCAGUAUCAGGGAAGAGAUUUUGCCUUCCCAUAUGUCCCAGACUCCCAGACCUUCGUAAACUUGGGAUUCAACGAGCGACCUGUGUUCUUUGGUUGCGAUGCGUCCAACCUUACUGACUUGCGUUACACACCUCCGCUAAUUGUUUACAUGCCAAAUAACAAACAAUCGUACAACUCCAAUACGAGCACAUUCAAGUUGUCAUAUUCGACAUCUGAGCGUCAUCACAUGAUUCAGAAUGGUUUUGAAGCCAUUACCAGAAACAACUUGACAGAAGAUUCCAGCUUCCUGGGCUGCAUUGCAUGUGCUGUUAUGAGGCGUCAGCAACAGUCAUCGAAUAUCACGUUACCAUCAGAAUGCAGUGAAUGUUUCUCGAAUUACUGUUGGAACGGAACAAUUUCCGAUAAAGGAGCUGCAGUCGCCACUAACGAUGACUAUUCUUCUUCUUUAAGUUUCACUUCCAACAGUUCCUAUACAUCCACUGCCGGUCAAUCGACUACAUCCUCUUCUUCAAAGCACUCGGGCGCUUCUUCGCCUUCAUUCGGCCUGUCCAACAAGAUUUAUACCGCCUUGAGUGUCAUCUUGGGUGCUCUCAUCGGCUUACUAUGA